GGCUAUAGAGUAACUUCACUGUCUGAAAUGUGAAACUGAUCCGAGUCAGAAUCAAAUGCAGAGCUUGGAGCAGCCAAGGCAGGGAGAGACCGGCCUGCAAAAAGGGGAAGAGGAGAAUGCAAACAGGGGCAGAGAUCAGGUGGCUGUCAGGGGGAGAUGUGUACUCAGCCUGGGAGUUAGAGACAGCCGGUUACCCUCCCGAGGAGGCAGCCAGUCUGGAGAUACUGCAGUACAGACAGAGAGAGGCCGGAGAGCUCUUCCAGGGGUAUUAUAUCAACACCAAACUCAUCGGCUUUGUGUGUGGCACUCGCUCCUUCGCUGACCAUCUGACUGACGCCUCCAUGAAGGUACACGAAGCUGGAGGGCCCACUGUUUGCAUCCACUCUGUGUGUGUGGACGUGACCUGGCGACGCAAGGGAAUUGCUCUCAGCCUCCUCCAGCACUACGUCCGUGACAUUAGCCAGAACCAAACAGACGUCCAUCAGAUAUGUCUCCUGAGCCACCAGUACCUCCUCCCCCUAUACAUCAAAGCUGGAUUCAGCAAUAUCGGCCUCUCGUCAGUGGUCCAUGGACCUGACAAAUGGUACGAAUGUAUUCUCAACAUGGAGCGCUGUUGAUGAACGCUCAGAGAUUAAAUGGCGAUGAAUUGACUAAUAGCUUGGAGUUAUCCAGUA